AUGUCUUUCAGCGCUCAAUUCACACAGCCUCAGCACUUCAAUCACGACGACGGUACAUCCUAUGAUGGGUACACUUACGAUCAAGAUAGAUUCAGAGAUAUGGGGGACCAGCCGUAUGAUGGCUCGUCCUUAACCAACCCCCAACCCAAUUUUUCACAACCCCAUGAUGAUGGUACAUCCUACGACAGGUACACUUACAAUCAAGAUAGAUUUGGAGACACAGGGGACCAGCCAUAUGAUGGCUCGUCCUUAACCAACCCCCAGCCCAAUUUUUUGCAGCCCCAGGAUGACAGUACAUCCUAUGACAGGUACCCUUAUGAUCAAGACAGAUUCAGAGAUACAGGGGACCAGCCAUGCAAUGGCUCGUCCUUAACCAUGCCCAGGGGCCCUCAAGAGGGUACCCACGUGCAUGGAACACCCUUACUGCCAUGGGUCGAUGAAGCCCCCAAUGGAGGAGUCAGUGUGGUAGACCAAGGGACUGGCUUUAUUCCCCUGGCUACCAAUCUAGCUCUUAUAUGGCAAGGGGAGAUUCCUCGAGGAGAGGUUGUCCAUACCAGGGGGCCGGCACGUACUAUGAGAAAAUGCAAUACUAGGGCUGACCUACCCGGAACACCAUACCUCAUCCUGCAAGCCCCCCACAGCACCACUGAACUGCAGACACGCGCGACAUCAUCACAAGCACACACAACGGCACUACAAACACCCAUCGCCGCUGAACAUUUGGCGGCGACAUUGAAGACUGGGGCAAAAGUUUUGAUUGCACGGGUGAUAUUUACAAAACACACGAUGACACAGAAGCGGAAAAAACAUAUUGCUCAAUUUGAGGACACAAUAAAAGAUUCAACACCUUGUUGUUUGGAAGUUGGUGUUGUUAUCGAAAAUUUUAUAACUAAUGUCCAUCGGAGACAGGUGUUGAACACGUUAUCCAAUAUAUGUGGCAAAAUUGCUCAAUUUUCGCAUGACAGCGUCUUUGUAUCAUACAAACUGUUUCCCCCACAAGGGUGGAUUGACACAGCUGAAAAAUAUUGCAUCACAAUGGUGAGCAAACUCAUCUGGGGCACUGAUCCCCUACUCUUUAUGCAUGCGUAUUCUGUGGAUGAGAAACAACGAUCCACUGUUAUCACCAUUGACGCUUUUGGUGGCCAACAUCAUGAAGAAAAAUUCAAGGAGAUCGUGCAAGCUUUUGACACCCUUGUCAAUGAAGAAAAGUUUGAGUUCAAUAGUUAUUUGCAGUAUGUGCUGGAUGUUAGACCAUCGCAGGCAGGCAACGGAGAGAGCUCAUCCGAUUCUAAAUAA